UAGUGCAGAGAGAAAAGGCCAGGUCACUUCCCAGCAACUGUGUCCAUGCCCAGAGACCAAGGCCUAUCCCAUUGCAGAGAUGAGAAGCUGUGUCCAUGGCCAGCAACUAUACCUACAUCCAGCAAUCAGGCAUCUUUCAGUUUCUGUUUCCUCUUCCAGUCUAAUCCCUGUCGUCUGACCAUGAGGAUUUGGUGGCUCCUGCUGGUUAUGGGCUUGUGUGCAAGGAGUGUGUACUCCCAGGACACCUGCCGGCAGGGGCACUCUGGCAUCCCUGGGAAUCCAGGUCACAAUGGCCUACCGGGAAGAGAUGGACGAGAUGGUUCCAAGGGUGACAAAGGAGACACAGGAGAACCAGGACAUCCCGGUGGCCCAGGGAAGGAUGGAGUUCACGGUGAGAAAGGAGAACCAGGAGCAGAUGGAAGAGUUGAAGCAAAAGGCAUCAAAGGUGAUCCAGGCUCCAGAGGAUCCCCAGGGAAGCACGGCCCAAAGGGGUCCAUUGGUCCUACAGGAGAGCAAGGGCUGCCAGGAGAGACUGGCCCUCAGGGGCAGAAGGGAGAUAAAGGCGAUGUGGGCCCCACUGGUCCAGAAGGACUAAUGGGCAGUACUGGUCCUUUGGGCCCCAAGGGCUUACCUGGCCCCGUGGGCCCCAUUGGCAAACCAGGUCCUAAGGGAGAAGCCGGACCCAUGGGCCCCCAAGGGGAGCCAGGAGUCAGAGGAAUUAGAGGCUGGAAAGGCGAUCGAGGAGAGAAAGGGAAGGUUGGUGAGGCUCCCAUCUUGCCCAAGAGUGCUUUCACUGUGGGGCUCACGGUAAUCAGCAAGUUCCCGCCUCCUGAUGCACCCAUCAAAUUCGAUAAGAUCCUGUACAAUGAACUGAACCAUUACAAUGUAGCGACGGGGAAAUUCACCUGCCACGUGGCUGGUGUCUAUUACUUCACCUACCACAUCACUGUUUUUUCCAGGAACGUGCAGGUCUCUUUGGUCAAAAAUGGGGUAAAAGUCCUGCAUACCAAGGAUGGUUACAUGAGCUCUGAGGACCAGGCCUCUGGUGGCAUUGUGCUGGAGCUGAAGCUCGGGGACGAGGUGUGGAUGCAGGUGAUGGGAGGCGAGAGGUUUAAUGGCUUGUUUGCAGAUGAGGAUGACGAUACCACAUUCACUGGCUUCCUUCUGUUCAGCAGCUCUUGACGCAAAGGACUCUGCACAUGGGCCUCAUGGAAGGCUCUCCUGGUGGACAUGGUGCCCACAGAAUUAGCUCGGUGAAGGUGGGAUGUGAUUGUGUCCAUUCUUCCAAUUAUUGCAUUAAUUCUAAACUGUAGAGGUGGGAAGCUAGUCCCACAAAUCCAGCCAUUUGAACACAUUAAUAAUAAACUCAG